AUGGGAGCCUGGAAGAGCAGUGAGGAUGCGAGCUGUAUGUGGACCACGACAACAGAGUGUAUUAGAGUAGUUACGAGAGAAAGGGUCUUGAAGGGUUUCUCUAGUGGCCACAAAGGUAUCUGGUGGUGGAGUGAAGGGGUACAAGAGAAAGUGGAGGCCAAGAAAGCGACAUACUUGAAGCUUAUAGAGAGCAUGGACGAGAAGGCGAAGAGGAUGAACAAGGAGGGGUAUAGAAGGGCUAAGAAGGAGGCAAAGUUAGCGGUUAUUGCGGCAAAGACUGCAGCGUAUGGGCAUUUGUAUGAAGAGCUUGGGGCCAAAGGCGGGGACAAAAAGAUACCCAAGGUGAGGGAGAGGAAGGCCCGUUAUCUGGAUCAAGUAAAGUGCAUCAAAGAUGAGGAAGGUUUGGAGUGGCUCACUAGGCCGUUCAACGUUAUUUUUAAGACAAAGAAGAUGCCCGAAGAAUGGAGGCAGAGUACGAUGAUUCCCCUGUAUAAGAACAAGGGUGAUAUCCAAAGUUUCAAUAAUUAUAUGGGGAUCAAUCUGCUGAGUCAUACGAUGAAAGUUUUGGAGAGGGUGGUUGAAGCCAGGGUGAGGAGCAGUAUGUCCAUUUCUGAGAACCAGUUCAAUUUUAUGUCGGGGAGUUCGACUAUGGAAGCCAUUCACCUUGUGAGGAGAUUGGUGGAGUGGUAUAGGGAGAUGAAAAAGGAUUUCCAUAUGGUGUUCAUUAACCUAGAAAAAGCUUAUGACAAAGUCCCGAGAGAGGUUGCUGGUAUGCUGGUGCUCCAGUUAUCGUAUUUGCGAGCACUAGCAUCGCAAUUGCAAAGUAUUCAGGGAGGGAUCAAGUAUCGCAUUUGUGAUGCCUUACUCAUAAUUGCAAAGUUUGGGCUUAGGCUGGAUCCAGGUACUUCUGCUAGUGCCGGACGCCAGUGA